UUGAAGAGAGAGGACGGGGGUAGAUCAGGGUAUCCGCUUUUGUUUUGCAGGAAAGAAAAAAAAGGGGGCUUGUUCUUAGCAGAGCCUCCUGGGUGUGUGAGCGCGGUGUGGGAUGGGAGCAGAGACAGGAAACGCGGAGCUUCCAGCCUUCAGUCCUGCCACAGAGCGCAGCAGCAGCAGCAGCAGCAGCAGCAGCAGCAGCAGCAGCAGCAGCAGCAGCAGCAGGGGAAGCAUCCAAUCACAGCGGCAACACUGACGAGACGGAGCUCGGUCGCCUCACACUCACCUGAAGGCCGCAGAUGAGGACGCGGUCCUGGAGGAGCUCCGCGGCGCUUCAUCCAAAACUUCUUCUUCUUUUUUUCUUCUGCAAGUGCACUUAGACUUUCUUCAGCCGUGACUCAAGUCAUCGGUUUUACUCUCAUCGGUGAAUUGUUUUUUUAAUUUUUUUUUAUCGUUAUAAUUUUCUCUCUUAAUUUGCUGGGGGGAGAAAAAAAAUGCAAUGGGCGAGCGUGAGCCGCGCUGUCAGUACCGCUGACCUUUGGAGGAUUUCUUUGUAAUCUGUUGGACUUGUCGACUCGACUGGAAGCCUUGGAUGAGCUUUGACUUCUGCGAGCCCAAAACGGACACCUGCCAGUAAAAAAAAGAAAGAAAAAAAAAACCCCGGAGGGUUUGUCCACCUUCAUCAUUCCAUCUAUCCAUCCAUCCAUCCAUCUAUCCAUCAUGGGGGCCGUGCCAUCCAGACUCGGCUAUCUAUUUCUGCACCUGCUUGUGUUCUGCUUCUAUGCUCAGGUAACCAAUCAGUCCCCGCCUAAUUUCACGCAGCAUGUAAGCGAGCAGAGCAAGGUGACGGACCGGGUGAGCCGCAGGCUGAUCCGGAUCUACCAGCUGUACAGCCGGACCAGCGGCAAGCAUGUGCAGGUCCUGCCCAACAAGAAGAUCAAUGCCAUGGCCGAAGAUGGAGAUGCGCACGCGAAGCUCAUCGUAGAGACCGACACAUUUGGAAGUCGAGUUCGCAUCAAGGGAGCUGAGACGGGCCUCUACAUCUGCAUGAACAGGAAGGGGAAGCUCAUUGGCAAGGAAAACGGACAGGGCCGCGACUGCAUCUUCACCGAGAUCGUCUUGGAAAACAACUACACAGCCCUGAGGAACGCCCGGUACGACGGCUGGUACAUGGCCUUCACUCGCCGCGGCCGGCCACGCCGGGGCUCUAGGACACGCCAGCACCAGCGUGAGGUGCAUUUCAUGAAGAGGUUGCCGAAGGGGCAGCAGCCCACCCAUCCAGGUCAACAUCGGCCUUUUGACUUCAUCCACUACCCUUUCAGUCAAAGGACUAAACGCACACGGUACUCUUCACGGCACUGAGGUGGAAUAGAAAGACCCGAAAACAAAAAAAGGAGGACAAAAGAACUUAAAUAUUGACUGAAGUACCGAAACAUUAUGCGUCCCUCUCGAAAACGAACCUUUAGAUAUUUUUUUUGUACUGUAUCUUAACUCGUAGCCUAUUUUCAAAUGUUCUCAAGUGAACAAAGGAAGUUCAUGGACAUAAAAGAAUAAGAAAACAUACAUAUUAAAAUCUAUUUUUGUACUCCAGACUUUUUUUUUAGUGCUGAGAAUUUCUUUCACGGCCCCGUCAUUUGUCUCGUUUUCAGCAUCUUUGUAGAGUGUGUCGUUUUGAUUUGUUGCAUAUCAUUUUAACUAGAGGAGACUUUUUUAAAAUUCUUUUUUGGACUUUCGCCUGCUGCUCAAGGAGACUUGAAGGACCCUGAGCGGCCGCACUGCCAGGAAACGCUGAGUUUACGGACACACUGUGAGACACGACACUGCAGAGCGCAGGAAGCAACAGCACAGGGAGGAGGGGGGGGGACACUUUGGUGUUCAGGCUGUGUGCCAGACGUUUCAUCUUUACUGAAUUCAUUUAAGCAAACUGAGCGCUCAUAGCAUAUUAUGGGACGAUGUGGCAGCUAUAAUUUAUAUUAACAGGUUUCCUGAUCUGACUGUAGUGACUCAUGUACAAAAUGUGUUUACCCCCUUUUCUGCCCCCUCACCUUAUGGGUUCUUAUUUCACUCUUAAUGUCUGUUUUUAUACAUAUAUGAAUAUAUUUUUUAUUUGAGGAUGUGCAUAAUAAUUUUAAAGAUGGAAUAUUUAUUUAAGAGGUGUAACAAAUGUACAUUAGGACACUGACAUUAAACUCCUGUUUGAUACAUG